UGCUUGUUUGUCUCAGAGUGAUCAAUGGCGGCAAAAUCAGGAUUGCGUUUCCCGAAUUUUUGAGCUCCUUCGGCCUUUCUUUAACAUUUCUGAUGCUAAAGGACGAAUCAAAGCGCGUUGUGUCUGAAUAUGCUUACGGAUCUGAAUCAUCUGAUAUGUCCUCUGUACAAAUCCACGCCUCGUAACUAGGUUCCAUUCAGUCCCCUUGCUGAAUAAGUGCAGAGCAACCGGAAAUUUCGCCUGCAAAACCGGUUAAGCAGAGUUUAAAGGUCAAAGAAUCUUUAGAUUACGCUUUGGAAGGGAAAAAUCGAUGGGAAAAUCAACGAGUAGAGACUGGACGCAGAUCUACGCGAUCUACGGAAUGGACCAAUGGCAGACCCUAAUCUUCCUCUUAUGUCAAGCAAUCCUCUUCUCCAUCCUGUCCGUACUCUAUCUCCUCUACUUCAACCCCAUAUGCGCCUUCUUUGAGCGAUUACUCUCAAUAGCCUCCGUGCCCUGCGGCUCCGCCAGAUUCGUCGCUGGCUUCACCGGCUCCGUCACCGCACUGUCCGCCCUAUGCCUCUUCUUCGCCGCUGCAAACUUUUUCUACUCCUCUGUUCCUCUCCACUACGAUAUGGCCCAACGUAUUAUUUCCGCCGUCAGCGACUGGUCGUCUGUGAAGCUCGCCCUUGACCUGGGCUGCUGUGGCCGCGGCAUCCUCCUCAACGCCGUCGCGACGCAGCUCAAGAAAGAAGGGAGUUCGGGUCGGGUCGUGGGGCUGGACCGGUCGAAACGGACCACGCUGUCAACCUUACGGAGCGCGAAGAUGGAGGGAGUGGGAGAGUACGUGACGUGCAGAGAAGGAGACGCGAGGAGGCUACCGUUUCCCGAUGACUACUUCGACGUGGUGGUGUCGGGGGUUUUUGUGCACACGGUCGGUAAGGAGUAUGGUCACCGGAGUGCGGAGGCCGCGGCGGAGAGGAUGAGGGCGGUAGGGGAGGUGGUGAGGGUGAUGAAGCCGGGAGGUGUGGGGGUGGUGUGGGACCUACUGCACGUGCCGGAGUACGUUAGGAGGUUGCAGGAGCUGAAGAUGGAGGACAUUAGGGUGUCGGAGCGUGUGACGGCGUUCAUGGUGAGCAGCCACAUCGUGUCCUUCCGGAAGCCUAGUCAGCACGUCGUGGGGCCACCGGAGGUCCGCCUCGACUGGAGACUCUGAUGACGCGGCAAUACCUACACAUAAAAGAGACAUAGGCAUAGAAAAAAAAAUAUUAUAAUAAUUAUAAUAAUGGUAAGUUUUUUUUUUGUGGGGCUUCGGUCAAAAAAAAAGUUUUUGGUGCGUCUGGGGAGGCGAAGUCGAACCAGGAGUUUUAUUGGGAAAAGAAAAUGGGUGAUGAGGUUACGAUAGUCAAAUGAAAUAUUUAAAGACGGGAAAAAGCCGUUAUUAUUAUGUUAUAAUUUUAAGGAUAUGAUGAUCAUCACCCUCACAGCAGUAGUCACUGAUGCCUGAUUUUUGUAUAGAACCGAGAAAUAUGUAGAAGCAGGAAGAUUAACCUAUAAAUGAAAUUUGUUUGCUGUUUUCUCCGU